AUUCCCCCUCCCAUUUCCCGCCUUCCCCAAAAUCUCCCAAACCCUAGUCGACUCCGGAGGCGGAGGCGGAGCCGGAGUUGAGAUGCGGGGCGGGACGGUGCAGAUCAACUGGCACGACCAGCAGCCGGUGCUCACCCUCGACUUCCACCCCGUCUCCCGCCGCCUCGCUACCGGCGGCAGCGACCACGAUAUCAAGAUCUGGGUGAUAGCGUCGGAUGAUUCGAACAAGAAGCUCCCUACUGCCACCUACCACAGCAGCCUCUCCUCCCACAGCUCCGCGGUGAACGUUCUUCGCUUCUCGCCUUCUGGUGAAAAUCUAGCGUCCGGUGCCGAUGGUGGUGGUAUUAUCCUCUGGAAGUUGCAUUCCACCGAGGAUGGCGAGGCUUGGAAAGUACACAAGACAUUAUUGUUCCAUCACAAGGAUGUUCUUGACCUGCAAUGGUCCCAAGAUGGUGCAUUCCUUGUUUCUGCUUCGGUUGAUAACAGUUGCAUUAUAUGGGACGCUAUUAAAGGUUCAGUGCAACAAAAGUUGGAGGGUCAUUUGCAUUAUGUUCAAGGUGUGGCGUGGGAUCCUCUGGGUCAAUAUGUUGCUUCACUGAGCUCUGACAGAACCUGUAGAAUAUAUGCAAAUAAGCCCCAAGGCAAGUCAAAGAACGUAGAGAAGAUGAACUUUGUUUGCCAGCAUACGCUGGUGAAGGCAGAACAUCAAAGUCCUGAUGAGUCCAAGCCACCAACUAGAGUUCAUUUGUUUCAUGACGAAACAUUACCAUCUUUCUUCCGAAGAUUAGCGUGGUCGCCUGAUGGAUCUUUUCUGGUAUUGCCAGCAGGUUUAUGCAAAUAUUCUUCUGAAGUGAUCAAUACUGCUUAUAUUAUGUCAAGGAGAGACCUAUCAAGGCCUGCAAUACAACUCCCUGGUGCAAGUAAAGCAAUAGUGGCAGUGCGCUUUUGCCCUGUUCUCUUUAGGCUGCGUGGUUCUCAAUCAGAUGGUUUCUUCAAGCUUCCUUACAGAGUUAUUUUUGCUGUUGCUACUUUGAACUCCCUGUAUGUUUAUGACACUGAGAGUGUUGCUCCUAUACUAAUACAUGCUGGUCUUCACUAUGCUGCCAUUACUGAUAUUGCAUGGUCUUCUGAUGCCAAGAACCUGGCAGUGUCAUCACGAGAUUGUUUCUGUACUAUCAUUGAGUUUGAGAAGGAGGAAUUGGGGCAGCCCUAUAGUCUCUCUGGAACAAAGGAACUUGCUGAAAGGAAUGCUAAUUGUGAGAACACGAAGCAAUUAAAGGUGGACAGUAUGGAAGUUGAUGCUGGUGCCAGCAAAGCUAAGGCGGAAGCCAGUUCUGCCGCAGCCGUUGAAGUGACACCACCACCAGUGGUGGCCCAGAACAAUAUAUUGAUGACAAAGAACUCUGCUGAAGGAAAUGUGACAUGUGAAAACAAGGUGGACGGCAUGGAAGUUGAUGUUGCCGCAAGCGAAGCUAAAACGGAGGCCACUCCUGUGGUUGUACAAGUGACAACGCCACCAGUAUCGACCAAGAACAGUGCAUCAAGUAAGCCUACUAAGAAGCGAAUUACUCCUAUUGCAAUUAACUAAAUAAUUCAAGUAGUUAGGACCUAGAAUUAUGAAAUCUGCUGUAGUGAUAGCAAGUACAAGAAUCUACACUUAGGCCACCCUGUAAAGAAACUUAUUUUGCAACCUGUGUUCAACUUCUGGCCUACCCCCCAGAAAUUCCGGUUAUGCUAAUAGCACAUAGUGAAGCAUUUAUAUGAACAGAAAUCUUGUGUCAGUGAGUACAUUUGGUUAUGACUUGACUUGCAGCCGCCAGAUGCCUAUUUGACAGUCGUUUCUUUUUACCAAUUCC